AUGGGUAAAAGGAAAGGUAAUGCACUUACUAACUCAAAUGGGUUAUGUGAAACUUCAAAUAAAUGUGAAGUAUCUGUAAUAAAUGAGGAUAGUUGUCAAGACAAAUCACAUUCUAAUGUUUUUGAGUUAAUGAUGGAUUCCAGAAACAAAAGCAUUGGAAGUAACUCUCCAGGUAAAUGUAAGCCCAUUAUUGAAACAGAAGAAAUGAUAGAAAAGAAAGAUCUUAAACAAAAAAGAAAGUUGUGUUUACAAAAAAUGUCCGAGGCAAAAGGUUCAUUGAAAAAUAAAGAACUAGAAGAGUAUAGAGAUAGACAUAUAACAAAACAAUUAUUAAAGAGAUCUCAGGCUUUUAAAGCCAUGAUAACACAGGAUAAAACAGAAAUGAAAAGCAAAACACAUGUUCAAAAACCAGUCAAGGUUGAAAACGAUGAUGACAUCUGUCUGAUUGAUGUAAAGAAAACAUUGAAAUUGUGUAAUAUGUUUGAAGAGUCAGAUGCAGAAGCAUUUCAUAAAAGACAGAAUAAAAAAUUGUCUGAUGAGGAUAAAGAAUUUUUAAGUAAAUUAUCUCCAUCAAUUCGUAAAAAAGAAAACAUGUUGAGCUACUUUCCAACUAUGCCAAAACUUACAGAAGAAAAUGAUUUAGUAUUACAUGAUGAUUAUAAAAAGGUUAUUAAAGUGAAAUUGAAAACAAAACACAAGAAGGGAAAUUCAUCAAAAAAACACCAUAAAGAGACCAAUCACAAUUCCCAAGAUGAAAUAAUUGACACUACAAAAUGUAAACAAGAUGUUAUUGAAGAAGUAGUAAACACUCGUCAUUCUGUAAAUGCAGAUUGUGAAGUUCAUGAAAAAGAAACAAGACCUAAAAGAAAAACAAAGAGACCCUCAAAGUAUAUUGAUGAUGCUGAACUUGAAUCUGAUGAUGAUCUUCAUAUCUUUACUCCAAAAAAGAAGAAGGCCUUAGAAAAACAACCAAGACUGAAUCUGGACAAGAAAAUAAUUGACGAAAGAAAUAUUAAAAAAACGUAUAAAAAAAGGGAGAUUGUAAGUAAUGAGAGUAAAAAAGAAACAUCAAAACUAAAAUUUAAUCAAAAGGACGCAAACAUUAGUAAUCCAGUUAAAUUAGCUCCUAUUUUUGUUAGCAAGCAUUCAAAUCUUAGUACAGCAGAGAAGGAAGCUAGACAGCGAUUUCUACACAGUGGUAUUCCAGAAAAGUUAAAAAAAGUUCAAACCCAACAGCAUAAUAGUCUAGGUACAAUAGAUCAUUUCUAUUCUGUUGUCCAUAUACAACAAAAUGUUGCAGAAGUAGUAAGUGGAAAUAAACCAAUAUUUCCAUAUAUGGAUAAAUCUAAUACCAGUGAUUGCUUAACAAUCAAUAAUGGUUUAUUUAAGGCCUUGUUAAGUCCUUGUGAAGAAGAAAAACCACAUAUUUCCUUGACAUAUAAAAACAAAGAGGAACUCUUGCACAAACUUAAACAAUCUUAUGUUAAAUUUCCAGUUUAUCGCACCUAUCACUUACUAAAAGCAAAAAGUAGAGGUGAAAAUAGAGACUUUAACUAUCCAGAUUUAGAUAACAGUGUUGAAAUAAUAAACAAUUUAGCUAAUGUUGAACCUGAUUCUGUAGACAAAUUAUGUUGGGCAGAUAAAUUUAAGCCUACUUCAGCAAAACAGAUCAUUGGAAAUUUUACAGCAAUCGAUGAAUUAAAGAAAUGGCUACAAUUAUGGACUGAGAAUUUAGUGAGAAAUAAACAUAAUGAAGAUAGUGAUUCUGAUUUUGAUAUCUUGCGGGAUUCUGAUGCUGAUAGUAGAGAAUCAUUAAAAAGUUUCAAUAAUGUAUUAAUAAUCUGUGGAGAAGUAGGUUCUGGUAAGACAUCUAGUGUUUAUGCAGUGGCUACUGAACUAGGUAUUAAAGUAAUAGAAGUCAAUGCAAGUAGUAAAAGGACAGGUAAAAUAAUGUUGCAAGAUUUACAAGAAGCAACAAGAUCUCAUAAAGUAAACAGAGGAAUGAGUAGUUCUGAUAAUAGUCAAAAAGUUUCAGAUAGUCUGAAAACACAUUCAUAUAAAAAACGUGGGAGACCCACGAAAGCUAAAGGCGGCUUAUGUGAAACUUCUAGGAAAAAUAUAUAUGAUGAUCAUAAUGGAUUAGAAGAACCUUCUAGCCAAGAAAGUUUAAGACAGAAUAGUUCUUUAAUAUUGAUAGACGACGCAGACAUUGUAUUUGAUCAAGAUGACGGCUUUUGCGCAGCCGUUUCACAGUUGAUACAAAGUUCUAAGAGGCCUGUAAUUUUAAUAACUAGUUCUAUAUCAUGCCAACACUUGCUAAAGUUUUUACAAUAUGGAAAAGUUAUAAACAUGCAUAAAUUUGUUCCUAGGAUGUUAGGGAUAUGGCUUGAUAUCAUGUGUAUCGCAGAUACAAACACAUGCUUUCCAGGCCUUGGAAAUGAAUUAUUAGAUUAUUUUAAAGGAGAUAUACGUAAGACCAUUAAUUGUUUACAAUUUUAUAUGGGUUCCUUCAAGUAUAGUUGUAAAGAAUAUUCACAGUCUCAAGAUAUUGACAUUAACAUAGAGGAUGAAAGCUCAAGCUUAUCUUGGUCGGACCAUGACUAUGCAGGAAAGCUUGAUACAUGUCAAUCUGCUGCUGUGAAAAAUAUCCUACAACAUGUCAAACUUGAAGCACCUGGUUCCACUUCAAAUCUGUUUAAUGUAUUUUGGAGACUUCCUGAAAUGUAUUCGGAACAUAAUGGCCAUAAUAAGAACCAGAUUAAAAUUCUAUCUAAUAUGGUCAAUAUGAUUUCUGAAGCUGAUCUAGUACAAGCUGAUGUUGGGCAUAAUAUUUGGUGUCCUAAGGCAAGUGCAAGUAUAAAUGAAUUUGAGAACAUGGAAAGUUAUGACAGAAAUAAAGAACUAGGUAUGGAGAUAGCAAGUGAACUUGCUAUGCUUAGUUUAAGAUCUGCACAAAAUAGCUGUAGGAGUGAAACAGAAUUUGAUUUACCCAGAUACAACAUAGAGAGAGAACAGGAAAAGAUAAUAUCUCGCCAUCAUAAAUUGACGAGUUACCUAAAUCCAAAUAUUGUGCUGGAUAGAAGAGGUUUAGCACUUGACUACUGGUCUUCCUGUAGGACUAUAUGCAGACUGGAGAAAACUAAAACAGAUUCUAAUACAAAAAGAAACAAUCGCUUUUGUCAUUACCUUAAAUCCUUAAAUGUUUUAUGCAAAAACGACUAUUUUGAUGCACUAAGCAAUAGUUUAACUAGCAAUCAAAUAAUCGAUGAGUUUAGUAUAAGCUAA